CCAGCCUGCCGCGAGCCGCUGGGUUACUCACUUAAAUGUAUCACUCUUUUUCCGUACUCCGCAGAAAUGCACAGGGAUUUCCAUGGUUACGGCAGCUCGCAGCUUAUCCCGCUCUCACCCGGAGCAUGAAGUGUCUCCGUGAGGACCAAGGAUAAACCAGCAUUUUUGUGAAUCCAUCUUCUCGUCAUUAUAAGCUGCUCCCUCCCGGCGAGGCGAUGAGAGCCCUCUGAAGUGAGCGCGGCCGAACCCCUCUCACGGAGCAUGCCUCUGAGUCCGGCAGCCGGCAAACAUGAGCCAGCGGGGCAGCAGCGCAGGCAGGAGGCAGUGCAGACGCAGCAGCGGCAGCAGCAGACGCAGCCGUGCACGGCCAACGGCGACCGGGCCGACUCCGACAGCUCCAGGGACGAGCCCAUCUACGACAACGUCUGCGCCCUGGCCGAGACGGUGACCUACGGCGGACCCAUGGACGAGCCCCAGGGCAGCACGGUGGUUAUCCGCAUAGGCAUCCCGGACCUGCAGCAAACUAAAUGCAUGAAGUUCAACAUGGAUGUCCCCAUCUGGUCCUCCAAGCAGCGCAUCCUGUGUACUCUGAAUCAGAGCCUGAAGGACGUGCUGAACUACGGCCUGUUUCAACCGGCCUACAACGGCAAGGCCGGCAAGUUCCUGGACGAGGAGCGACUGCUGAAGGAGUACCCCCUGCCGGCCAUCGCCCCCGUGCCCUACCUGGAGUUCCGGUAUAAGCGGCGUGUGUACACCCAGACCCACCUGGAUGAUAAGCAGCUGGCUAAGCUUCACACCAAGGCAAACCUGAAGAAGUUCAUGGAAUAUGUGCAGCAGAGGAACGUCGAGAAGGUCUCCAAGUUCCUGGAGAAAGGGCUCGAUCCUAAUUUCCAGGACCCAGAGACAGGAGAAUCUCCCCUAACCAUGGCAGCCCAGCUGGACGGCUGUGCAGAGCUGAUCAAGGUGUUGAAGAAUGGUGGCGCUCACCUGGACUUCAGGACCCGGGAUGGCAUAACGGCCCUGCACAAGGCUGUGAGGAGCAAGAACCACACAGCCCUCAUUACGCUGCUGGACCUGGGCGCGUCCCCAGACUACAAGGACAGCCGGGGCCUGAGUCCACUAUACCACAGCUCCAUGGUGGGGGGAGACCCCUACUGCUGCGAGCUGCUGCUGCAUGAUCACGCGCAGGUGGGCUGCCUGGACGAGAACGGCUGGCAGGAGAUCCACCAGGCCUGCCGCCAUGGCCACGUGCAGCACCUGGAGCACCUACUGUUCUACGGGGCGGACAUGAGCGCACAGAACGCGUCGGGGAACACGGCACUGCAUGUCUGCGCCCUCUACAAUCAGGAUAGCUGCGCCAGAGUUCUGCUGUUCCGGGGAGCAAAUAAAGAAAUUAAGAACUACAACAGUCAGACAGCAUUCCAGGUGGCCAUAAUCGCUGGGAAUUUCGACCUGGCCGAGAUCAUAAAGAUCCACAAAGUAUCAGAUGUAGUGCCUUUCAGGGAAACCCCGUCGUAUACCAGCCGGCGACGGGCCACGGGCACCGGCACGCUGACGUCGCCGCGCUCGCUGCUGCGCUCCACCAGUGACAACAACCUGAACGCCGAGGGCCGGCCCGCCAACUCUCCGGCGCCGUCGCUGCGCAGCCUGCCCCCGCUGGCCGGGCCUCCGCCGCCGCCCCCCGACGUGGCCGACAGCAGCCUGCAGAGCACAGCCAGCUCCCGCAGCUCGCACUCCCGCUCACCAUCCCUGCAGUGUGUGCAGGAGGAGGCCGACAAGCUCAGCCUCCCCCGACCCGGCCGAGGCCGCCUCAGCCCCAGCACGGUGCAGCGGGACCCUAGUCCUCCUCCGCAGCCCAUUGCCCUCACUGGGCCCCGGGGCCCCAAACGGAAACUGUACAGCGCUGUCCCCGGCCGGACCUUCAUCGUAGUGAAGCCCUACACGCCUCAGGGGGAAGGCGAGAUCCAGCUGAACCGGGGGGAGAGAGUGAAGGUGCUGAGCAUCGGCGAGGGGGGAUUCUGGGAAGGCACCGUCAAGGGCCGGACUGGCUGGUUCCCCGCGGAAUGUGUGGAGGAGGUGCAGAUGCGACAGUAUGACCCGCGACUGGAGACGCGGGAGGACCGCACGAAGAGGCUGUUCAGGCACUACACUGUGGGAUCUUACGAUAACUUCACGUCGUACAGCGACUACAUCAUCGAGGAAAAGAAUGCUGUCCUGCAGAAGAAGGAAAAUGAGGGAUUUGGCUUUGUCUUGCGAGGAGCCAAAGCGGAGACGCCCAUCGAGGAGUUCACGCCCACGCCAGCCUUCCCGGCACUGCAGUACCUGGAGUCCGUGGAUGUGGAAGGCGUGGCCUGGAGGGCUGGCCUUCGGACUGGAGACUUCCUCAUCGAGGUGAAUGGCGUCAACGUGGUGAAGGUGGGCCAUAAGCAGGUGGUCUCACUCAUCCGCCAAGGGGGCAACCACCUCCUCAUGAAAGUGGUCUCCGUAACCCGAAAGCCAGAGUCGGAAGAGGUUGUUCGAAAGAAAGCACCUCCACCCCCCAAGCGGGCCCCCAGCACCACGUUGACGCUGCGCUCCAAGUCCAUGACCGCCGAGUUGGAGGAACUGGCUUCCGCAAGGAGAAGAAGAGGUGAAAGGCUGGAUGAGAUGCUGGGCUCCCAGGAGACCGGGCUACGGCCCCAGGCCACGGAGGCGGACUACAGGGCCGCCACCGUGAAGCAGCGGCCAACCAGCAGGAGAAUCACACCAGCAGAGAUCAGUUCACUGUUUGAGCGCCAGGGAAUGGCCAUACAUGGCGAAUUCCCCCCGAGCAUGGAGAAGACCCACAUUCCAUUGCCGAAAGGGAUGUCCAGAACCAAGUCGUUUGGGGCAACAGAAGAGGAUCGACUGUCGGCACUGGCAGGGGAACAUCGGUUUCCAAGGAGCUCGUCAAUGACGGACAGCCUGAAAGAGAGCCGUAUCAUCCCUCCACCUCCCCAAAGUGCCCCCCCACCACCGCCAUCUCCGUACUACCUGGACACAGGCCCCCCACCCUCUUUCUGUCCCCCACCUCCCCCCGGGCGGGGUCAUGAUCAAAGUCGCUCCAGCUUUAAGCCAGGUUCCGAGGCAAAGCUGCACGGCCUGUCACAGGUGGUUACCCCAGCCGAGAUGUACGAGCCGCCGCGGCCCUCAGUCCAUGCCGAGCGGCAAAAGAAGGCUCGCUCCAUGAUCAUCCUGCAGGACUCCUCCCACUUACCUGUGGAGCCCACUGAAAUCCCCCGUCCCGGACCGUCCUCCACCCCUCCCGAAAAGAUCAAGAGGAAAGGGAGGGUGAUCGAUAACCCAUACGCCAACGUCGGUCAGUUCAGCAUCGGCCUGUACACCCCAACAAAACCCCAGCGCAAAAAGAGCCCCCUGGUCAAACAGCUGCAGGUGGAGGACGCUCAGGAGAGAGCAUCCUUAGCGUUGGCCUCCGCCCAUGCCAGAGAGCACUCUCCCACUGGUCGGAUCCCCCACACAAGCAGGGCUGAGUACUACCAGCAGCAACUCCUGCAGGAGAGAGCCCGAGCCUUAGGGGAUGGACAACAGGGCAAAGGUCCCUUUGCCGCUGCGAUCGCAGGGGCCGUGAAGGACCGGGAGAAGCGUCUAGAGGAAAGGAGGAAAUCCACAGUCUUCCUGUCGGUCGGUACUGUCGAAGGUAGCACUACAGCACCCGAGCUGCCGUCCCUGACGCAGUCCCGCUCCGUUGACGAAAGGUUGCUUAGCAGGGAGCUGGGCCAGCUGCCUCCCCCCGCUGUCGUGCUCCGGCCAUUGCCGAGCGGGACCACCUUCAUCCACCCUUUGACCGGAAAGCCCCUAGACCCCAACUCCCCUCUGGCACUUGCGCUGGCCGCAAGAGAGCGGGCUCUGACAUCUCAGAGCCAGUCACCCGCCAGCAGCCCAGAGCCCAGGACUAAACACGAGAAACCGGGGCCUUUGUUCGUCGAUUCCCAGACCAAAGAGGCGGAGCGAAUGGAAGCAGAAGCGAGGCUGGUGUCUCCCCCCUUCUCACCGGGAGAUAGAGCAGGUUUAUCUGGCACAAUGACCCCACCCAAAACACAAUGGGGGACGCCGACCACGCUUCGCAAAGAGAUUGAUGCAAGAGCAGACAAAGUCGAGGAGAGGAAGCAGGAGGACAAGAAGAGCAUGAUCAUAAGCAUCGUGGAUACAUCUCAGCAGAAGACUGCUGGCCUCAUUAUGGUACAUGCGACAAGUAAUGGGCAAGAAGCUGGGCUUAGCAUGGAGGAGCCUUCUUUGUCACCACAAACCUCGCUUGUGGAGCCUUCCAAGCCUACGCUGGCUGAAAUCAAGCGAGCCCAGUCUCCAAGCCCCGAAGCCACCCAGCCACAGCCAGCCGGUACAUCAGCGGAGAGGACGCUGGCUCAGGGUAGCUCCGAGGAGGAUGUAGAGCCUUACACUGUUACUCUCCCACCUGCUUUGCUGUCCUCCAGUGAUGAAGAGACCCGGGAAGAGCUCCGGAAGAUCGGCGUGGUGCCGCCACCCGAAGAGUUUGCCAACGGCUUACUGCCGAAGACAGAUGCGACCGCAGCCACCCCAGCACUGGCUAAGCCGGCCACGCCUUCCGCCCCAACCCAAGCAGCAACAGCAGCAGCAGCACACCCUGCUAGCGGAACAGCCUCAGGGAAGCCUUCAGACACCCACCUGGUGCCUGAGUCUGCAGCCGACUCUGGGGUGGAAGAGGUGGACACCCGCAGCUCCAGCGACCACCACCUGGAGACCACGAGCACCAUCUCCACGGUCUCCAGCAUGUCCACGCUGUCGUCAGAGAGCAGCGAGCCCACCGACACAUACACCUCCUACGCCGACGGGCAGACUUUUAUACUCGACAAGCCGCCAGUGCCUCCAAAGCCAAAACUCAAGUCCCAGCUCAGCAAGGGGCCUGUGACGUUCAGGGACCCUCUACUGAAGCAGUCCUCGGAUAGCGAGCUCCUCUCCCAGCAACACGCGGCUGCGCUGGCUGCGGCCGCCGGCACCGGCCGACCCCGCUACCUCUUCCAGAGAAGGUCCAAGCUUUGGGGGGAUCCCGUGGAGACGCGGCCGCUGCCCGGCCCCGAGGACGGCAAGCCCACUGUGAUCAGUGAACUGAGCUCCAGGCUCCAGCAGCUGAACAAGGACACACGCUCGCUAGGGGAAGAGCCCAUCGGAGGAAACCUCGACCCCGGAAGGAAGUCCCCUGUGGCGGAUGCCAGACUUUUCAGUAGUUUAGGAGAACUCCACACCAUCUCGCAAAGGAGUUAUGGAGCUACCUAUACCAUCCGACCGGGCAGCCGGUACCCUGUGACCCGCCGGACUCCCAGCCCCGGCAAGAGCUCUGGAGGCGUUUCCCCCGACAGGACCGACCCCUUAGGGCGGAGCUAUGGCCUGCCCACGUCCCCUUCUGCCCCGCCCACCAUCCUCAAGUCGUCGAGCCUGAGCAUCCCGCACGAGCCCAAGGAGGUGCGCUUCGUGACGCGUAGCGCCAGCGCCCGCAGCCGCUCGCCCUCGCCGUCGCCCUCCCCCACGCUGGCCUCACCCCUGCUCACGCUCAGGCCCUUCCACCAGAAGCCCCUGCACCUGUGGAACAAGUACGACGUGGGCGACUGGCUGGAGAGCAUCAACCUGGGCGAGCACCGCGAUCGCUUCCAGGAGCACGAGAUCGAGGGCUCGCACCUGCCGGCCCUGACCAAGGAUGACUUUGCCGAGCUGGGGGUGACGCGGGUGGGCCACCGCAUGAACAUCGAGCGCGCUCUCAAGCAGUUACUCGAGAGCUAGCCCCCGCCCAGACCAUCAGCUUCAGCCCUUAUUUUCAGCGUUAAAUUAUCAAUGAAUAUUAAUUUAUACGCUAGUCAUCGCAUUUGCACUGAAUGGAAGAUGAGUCCAAUGAAGUUAAAUCUGAAUCUCUGCCCACAACAAGAGCCCCUCCUUAGCCCCUCCCAUGGAGCCGAGAGCCAAUCAGCCAGUACAUUUUCAGUUUGGUGUGAAUGAUGCAUGAACUCCAUUUAGAAAGAAUCACCUACGAAUGGACCCCCCCCCUCCCUCCCCAAAUCAUGCUAAUCAGUUUUUGGGCCUCUGACAGUUUUCCGACUUGAACACCAUGUGAGAGAAGGAAAAUUCAGUUGCCUUUAAGGAUAUUUUUUUAGAGAUCAACAACGAUGAGCAAACGAUUAAAUAGGACGUCGAGUUUUCUUGGUGGGGGAUUUUUGGCUGCCUCACGCAUUUGGAAUUUUUAAUACAGCGUUUUCACAUUUUCCAGUUUGGGGGGGGUGGGGGGGAGUUUGUAACUCUCAGACCCUUUUAUUGACAGUGGUAUCUGUUCUGUUAGGAGAAUGUUUAACCAAAACUAGUGGCUUUGAAAAGAAUUUACAGCUGAAAUAAUAAGUAGAUAAGGCUUAUGUAUUUAGAAAACAGCAAAGAAAUAUAAAACUAAAAAAAAUCCUGAAAAAAUACAUAAUCACUUGUGUCCUACUACAAGUUUGAGGGUAUACAAGUAAAAAUAUAUAGUCCACCAAUUCAGUGUUUUUACCAAUUAUAUAUAUAUAUUAUAUAUGAAUAUAUUUGAAAGAAAAUGAUAAGUAUAAAAUUUUGUUACAGUUUUACGAAAUGUAUUUAUGGUGUUACAUAAAGGUCUCAGACGGAUCUUCCCGGGGUGAGCCGGUGUCUGGGUGGUGUGGGCUGCACAGCGUGGCUGGAUGGAUCUGAUCAUGCGCUCCUGCUCCUGUCAAACACACGGUCUUCCGUGGUGGAGGGCAGUGGGACAGCCAUGUGUCUCACCACACCCCCGGCAGCCCCCACCCCCACCCCACCCUCAUGGCAGGGUCCCCUCCACCUCACAGGAUAAUCCCCUGCCUCUUUGGCCCCCGCCUCCUCCAUCUAGGUCGCCGGCCAUUUACUGGCCCCCUCACUGACCCGGCCAGGAAGUCGUGUCAGUCCCAGCCCUGCCCUACGCUGCCCACAUGCUUUUGCUCAACUCGGAAGCACAUACUGCGCCACCUACAGCACGGGCCACGUCACACACAAUCUGCCUGGAAGGAGAUGGCGCUGCCACUGCCUACAGCCACCCAGCGAAGGCAACGUCCUGAAAGGCGCGGGCACACGUGGACGAGUGUGGGCGUGGCCACAUGCAGAGCGCGCCGGUGAUUGGUCACCCCACGCAUCACAUGGCAAUAAAGGGGCAUGGGGCUGAGAGAGCCCUGUUGUCAUGAGCUGCUGCUUCUCCCUCUGAAAAGACCUUUACCUGCAGGCAAGGAAGUGAGUUUCCAAGUGUCAACCGUAAGGAAAAAACUAUAAAAGUAACACUCUGGGGGAAAAAACACAUCAAUAUAAAAUCUACAAUUGUAACAGAUUAUCAUUGAGGGUUUUCUCACAGAGACAAUGUAAUUAAAAUAAUUUUAGACUCCCAUGUUCUUUGCUAAUUUAUCUGGAUUUUUGAUUUAUUUCUGUUUAUUUUCUCAUUGGUGGGUUUUGUAGCUUGUGGAAAAUGAUGCUUAGAGGUUAAAAAGAUUUUGUAUCCAUUUGUUAAGUCCAGUUUCUGAGUGAAAUUAAGACUUGGUUAUAAACUCCUCCUACAGCUCCGUAAACAUGUAAAUAUAAAGAAAUUACAGUUAUUUGCUUUUUAUAUUAAUCCCAAGUAAUGUAAAUAUAAUAGUUUUCAUAUACAUUUUUAAAAAUUAAUUAUAUAUAUAUAUAGAUAUAUAUAUAUAUAUAUGAAUGUUUGGCAUAUAUGCAUAGCUAACCACCGGUGAAAUAUGGUGAGAAACUUUUAUUAUUUAUAUGAACUAUAAAAUUGAGGAUGAUUUGCACAAAACAAGGUGCUAACAAACCCAUCCAUUGUCUAAGAAGCUUAGCGCUCUCCUGUCCACACAGCUGACUCAGCCCGGUCUAAAGAAAGCUGGUCAUUCCUAUUAGCUUCUGCUGUGCCGUGUCUCCCUGGGUGAGAACAAUACCUUACUGUACACGUCUUAGCAUACAGACUGUGGUCCCACUCAGGCAGUAAGAAGCACCGGUAUCGGUGUUUUGUGCGCCCUCUGGUGGCCAGGUUAAUGUCUCGCCCUCUCUCUCUCUCUCUCUCUCUGCGUUUCCCUCCAUUUACGAGUCGAGUGUCUUUUUUCGGUGGCUGACACCUGUUGACCGAAGCUCACUGCCAACGGACUUGUUUCCUUGUAACGCAGGACCUCUGUGAAGGUAGUGAUGCUGACCCCUUGUGGUGGAGUGUGAGGUAGAGCACCGCCAAGCCCUGUUAUCGGUUUGGCAAAUGGGGCAUACUGCUGCGUAAACGAAACUCAGAAAACAAGGAUGGAAGUGCAUUUAAAAAUGCGUUGUGACAUCAGUCUGAUUUUAGCAACGCUGGAUAUUUUGUUCCUGAAUAAUGAGAGUUUCAGAAGGCAAGACACGCAGAUGUCGCGGUGAUAAACAGGCGAGUGUAAGUGAAGUGGACCGUGCUCAUGUAAUUUGUAGAUAAUUAAUGAAAUAAAGAUCAGCUUCAGCCAGAUCUGUCCAGUAUGAGCUGCCGUGUUGUUAUCCCGUAUUUCUAGGUACGAUUUAGGGAGAAGAAGACUACACUGAUCACAUGAGUCCAGUGAGCUUCAGAAACGUCACACCCGGCUGACAGUUAAGCCGACAUUAAAACGUCAAUGAAAUCACACAACGUACUUCUCAGUGCUCUGCUGGACCGGAGCUUGUGCAACAGAAACGCUGAACUUUCGUGAAUCUUCUGCUGUGCACCUUUUCCCCCCCUUGCAGGAAACGCUGAAUAGUUUCCCUUCAUAGACAUUAAGUGUUUUGGAGGAUAGACAUGGUGUGAUAAUUGUUGUAAAGAAAAAAAGGGAAAAAAAUGUGCCAAAAGUGUUGGACUUUCAAUUUCUCUGCAUUUAAAAAUAUUUCUGUUGAAAUAGCUUCUAAACGAUCAGGAUUAGCACUGCAGUGCCCCCUCCUGAAAUUGUCGAGUACUACUGACACCUGCUAAUAUAAUUUACUGUAUGUACAGAAUUCGUUUUAGUUUAUUUUAUUGGUGGGUUUUCUGUAAAGGAGUGUAUAUAUACAUAUACACACAUACGCAUAUAAAAUUACAUUCUUGUGUGGGGUUUUUCACAAACAAUUGUAUCGAUAUUAUCAGAUAUUAUGAAGUGUUGAGGCAUCUUUUGUUUGAAGUACAACUGAGGUUUUGCGGAUUUGACAGUCAUAGAAGAAAAUGGAUCAUCCUGCUGCUCUCCCCAGCCGCACACACCCCCCCCCCCCCCCCCCCAUGAGAGCCCAGCGUGGGCCCAGAGGAGCGAAAUGUAGCUACUGUCUGCUUUUAAGGUGUCGGAUACAUGCUCCUUCCGCGUCAUUUAAUGGCUUUCAUGCACAUGCAAACAACUGGCAAAAAAAAACUAAAAAAUACAUCUUUCAUAUACAUCUUCUUUAAGCUUGAUUCACUUCGUCAGUCUCAUUGUAAAACUACAAAGCACAAAAUGAACAGCAAAGAUGCCAAACUUGAGGAUCCCACUUGACAGUAUACCAGGGUGGGUAUUGGGUCAUUACCCAGACGGCUGUGUGACGUUCGGAGGUUUCUUCUCUUGCACUGUGAGCCGAGGUCGUGGGCUGGUUGACCUGGUGUUUCUCACCGGCCGGUCAGACCAGAACCCAGCGCCUCUGUAGACUUCCUUGCACUUUGUCCGUACAGCCCACCAGACGGUACCUCCAGCGUGAGGGCGGUUUGCUCCUCCUGAUUGGCUGAGGAGUGAAGGUCGUUAAACCUGAUUGAAUUUCCCCUGGGUCAUAGUGUCAGAAGCGAAGAUGGAGCAAGCAAAGAUGUGCUUAUGAAAAGUGUGAUACGUGACGUUGUGACAUAUGAGGCUUUUAAGGAAGGUGUGUAGAAACACAAGAGGCACGAUUGUAAUAAAGUUAUGAUUGAUUAAAGAAAAAGUGUUAUCAGUACUCUUGUCAUUCUGAAUUCAGCUACUUGAAAUAAAAUGUCUGACCUGUGAUGGAAACAAAUUUAAAACAAAUAUAUCCUUUGUAUUCAGAUGGUCCUUAAAAGACAACUGCAGCCCAACACA